AUGUCGUCAGGCCCCCUACCGUCAGUAGUGACCAGGACGGUCUCUUGUCCUGCACCUAAUGGCAUGGGCAAUGGUCUAUUCGCGACCACUGAUAUUAAGACCGGAGAAGAUGUCUUGCAUGCUAAAACACCUUUCGUGGCUGUUCUCGAUUCAUCACGGCUAGAGGAUACCUGUGCCGCUUGCUUUGGAAAGAAGCAAAUGGAAUCGGGAGCAGAACUCAAAGCUUGCACAGGCUGCCGUGUGGUGAAAUAUUGUGAUCGGGCUUGUCAAUCCAAGGAUUGGAAAUUCGCCCAUUCCCAGGAAUGCUCUAUCUUCCAGAAGCUCAAGCCCCAAGUGCUCCCGAACAAUGCCCGUGCCAUCCUGCGGAUGGUACUGCGGACUAAAAAGGGCAAAUACACAGCUCAAGAACUUGACAUAUUCUCCAACCUAGACGCCCACCUUGAAGAGAUUCAAGAGAUCCAGGCCCACUUGGAUCGAAUCUAUCUCUCAUCUAAAGCAGUCAAGAACUAUUCCGAAACAGACCUUUCUGAGGAGACUGUCAUGACAUAUGCCGCAAAAUUGGACCUCAACUCCUUCAAUCUCACUACAGCCAUGUAUGAUCGCAUUGGGCUAUAUUUGCACCCAUACGCUGCUCUCAUGAACCAUAGCUGUGAUUACAACUCUACCGUUGGGUUUGAUGGGGAAGAGCUUUUUGUCAAAGCCAUCAGGCCCAUCAAAAAAGGCGAGCAAAUAUUCAUCUCCUACAUUGAUACCACGACUCCCAAUGAGGUCCGCCGGAAAGAACUCUCUGAGCGGUACUUUUUUGACUGCCAAUGUCCCAAAUGUGCAAAGGGAACCGAUACUCUCGAAGACAGAUUCUCGGAGACACCAAAGGAGACGUCUGUGCUUGAAAACGCUGAGAAACAAGCCCUGGAGCUCAUGCAGUCCGCCUCCACCUCAGACGACAAACCGGAUGAAGCCAUCAAACAACUAGAAACUGCCAUGCACAUCCUAAAACAGACGUCUUCCUGGCCGCUGACCCGUCAGCCGUAUGCUUCAAUCCGGGACCAACUUAUCCUCUCGCUCCUCUCUGUCAACAACUUCAGCAAAGCCUUCAUCCACGCCGCCAUCCGUUAUCUGCGCGUCGACACCGUUAUUUUCAGCCCCGCGCACCCAAUCCGUCACCUCCACGCCUGGAUCCUGGCAAAGCUUGCUAUAUAUCUCUCUCAGCAAGGAUUUGAGAGUAAUUCAAAAGAUGCUGCUCUCUUACAAGAAUCAGAUCUGAAUUUCCACUACAUCUUAUGGUAUAUUCUAGCUGAUCUUGCAAGCAGGCAAUUGGAGAGCUGCACAGUGCCUAGUUUCAAAAGACUGGUUGGGAACAAUUUUGCACAGGUCCAUAAUGAAUUCAAAGCCAAUGGCAUUGAUCCGAGCACCUCAAAGGCAGUAGUCAGUGCGGAAUGGAAGAAACUGGAGAAGAUAGUUGAUAUAGCUCUCGACCGAGAAUAA